AUGGCUCAUCAGCUUUACUUCACUAUUUGUAUACUUUCUUCCAUUUUCAUAAUCUCAUCCUCGAGCUACAUCCCGCCGCCUCACCCCUUCGAUCCCUUGACCGAGACCGAACUCAAACUCGUCCGUACCAUCAUCAACAAUUCGUACCCUAUUGGUCAUAACCAUAAGUUCACAUUCCAAUACGUGGGUCUCAACGAGCCCGACAAGUCCCAAGUCUUGUCGUGGCACUCAUCACCAGGCCACAACGUCAAACCACCACCACGCCAAGCGUUUGUCAUCGCCCGAGAUAAGGGCAAGAACCGAGAGAUCGUUGUUGACUUUUCCACUCGAGCAAUUGUCUCGGACAAGAUCCACGUAGGCAAUGGAAACCCUAUGCUCACUGUUGACGAGCAGCGUGCAGCCACCGCGCUUGUUCACAAGUUUAAGCCGUUCCGUGACUCGAUAAUGAAACGUGGCUUGAACUUGUCGGAAGUUGUGGUCACGUCCUCAACGAUGGGAUGGUUCGGUGAGGCCAAGCCGGAGAGGUUUAUAAGAACGAUACCGUUUUAUCUAAACGGAUCGGUGAACACGUAUCUUAGACCAAUUGAAGGAAUGACCAUAAUCGUUGACCUUGACAAUAUGAAAGUAGCGCAGUUCAAGGACAGGUUCACAGGUCCAAUGCCGAAAGCUGACGGUAGAGAGUACCGUAUCUCCAAUCUCAAGCCGCCGUUUGGCCCGUCGCUUCGAAACGCGGUCGUUUUCCAGCCGGACGGUCCAGGGUUUAAGAUCGACGGACAUAUUGUGAGAUGGGCAAAUUGGGAGUUUCACAUGUCAUUCGACGUUCGAGCCGGGCUAGUCAUUUCUCUUGCGUCCAUUUUCGACAUGGACGUGAACAAGUACCGGCAAGUCCUAUACAAAGGCCAUUUGUCCGAGAUGUUCGUGCCUUACAUGGAUCCGCAUGAUGAUUGGUACUUCAUCAGUUACCUAGAUUGUGGUGAAUAUGGCUGCGGCCAGUCUGCUGUGUCCCUUGAGCCAUAUACAGAUUGUCCACCAAAUGCUGCCUUCAUGGAUGGCAUCUACGCGGGACAAGAUGGAACUCCUACAAAAGUGUCGAACGUUAUGUGCAUUUUCGAAAAAUAUGCCGGAGAUAUUAUGUGGCGACACACCGAAUCUGAAGUACCCGGCAUGGAAAUCACAGAGGCUAGACCAGAUGUAAGUCUUGUAGCCCGGAUGGUGACGACAGUGGGGAACUACGACUAUAUCAUUGAGUACGAGUUCAAACCUAGCGGUUCGAUCAAAAUGGGGGUUGGUUUAACCGGUGUUUUAGAAGUUAAACCCAUUGAAUAUGUUCACACAUCAGAGAUCAAAGAAGACGACAUCUAUGGGACAAUUGUCGCUGACAACACCGUCGGAGUCAACCACGACCAUUUCGUGACAUUCCGUCUUGAUCUUGAUAUCGAUGGUACGGAUAAUUCAUUUGUUCGUACCGAACUUGUGACCAAGAGAACUCCAAAAUCUGUAAACACACCGAGAAAAAGCUACUGGACAACGAAACGGAACACGGCAAAAACCGAGACAGAGGCUCGAGUGAAGCUAGGGCUGAAACCGGAAGAGUUGGUUGUGGUUAACCCUAAUAAGAAAACUAAGCAUGGCAAUGAGGUUGGAUACCGUCUAAUUCCUGGCCCGGCUACAGGCUCACUUCUUUCCCAAGAUGACUACCCACAGAUUCGAGCAGCAUUCACCAACUAUAACGUGUGGAUCACGCCGUAUAACAAAUCAGAGGUUUGGACUAGUGGUUUAUACGCUGAUCGGAGCCAAGGUGACGAUGCGUUAGCCGUAUGGAGCAAAAGGGAUAGGGAAAUAGAGAAGAAAGAUAUAGUGAUGUGGUACACCGUUGGAUUCCACCAUGUACCAUGCCAAGAAGAUUUUCCGACAAUGCCUACUAUGUCCGGCGGCUUUGAACUUCGGCCAACAAACUUUUUCGAGCAAAACCCUGUCCUCAAGGCUAAACCUAUGAACCUCACCAACAUUCCAAAGUGUACUGCGAAGAACGAUUAAUAAACCAGCUUAUCAUUGAAUGAAUGACAUUCAUGAUUUGAUAUGUGUAAGGAAUUGUAAAAGAGAUUUCAAGAGAUAAUCAUGUAUUCAUGUUUGUCCAAAUAAAUAUUAUAAUAUGAAUAAAUAA